AGCUAAAAACUAAGUUUGUACAGACACAGACCCACACAUGAAGGGAUGGCUGUGUGUCACUAGAGCAGAGACUGAUUAAAUACUGGGAGCAUAGGCUCCCUGUGCCACUCCUAGAAAAUAAUGAAUUGGGUAGGGAACAGUUAAUAAGAAAAUGUGCCUUGCUAACUGUGCACAUUACAACAAAGAGCUGGCAGCUCCUGAAGGAAAAGGGCUUGUGCCGCUGCCGUUCAAACUUGUCAGUCAACUCGUGCCAGCAGCCUCAGCGUCUGCCUCCCCAGCACACCCUCAUUACAUGUGUCUGUCUGGCCUGAUCUGUGCAUCUGCUCAGAGACGCUCCUGACAAGUCGGGGAUUUCUCCUUUUCUCCACUGGUGCAAAGAACGGAUUUCUCCCUGCUUCUCUUCUGUCACCCCAGCUCCUCUCCCCAAGAAGGCUUCUUGAUUUAUGGUAGCUUCGGACUUCCUUCACCGUCUGCCUGUCCUUGACUUCUAGAAUGGAAGAAGCGGAGCUGGUGAAAGGAAGACUGCAGGCCAUCACAGAUAAAAGGAAAAUACAGGAAGAAAUCUCACAAAAGCGUCUGAAAGUAGAGGAAGAGAAAUUAAAACACCAGCAUUUGAAGAAAAAGGCCUUGAGGGAGAAAUGGCUUCUAGAUGGAAUCAGCAGUGGGAAGGAACAGGAAGAGAUGAAGCAGCAAAAUCAACAAGACCAGCACCAGAUCCAGGUUCUGGAGCAGAGCAUCCUCAGGCUUGAGAAAGAAAUUCAAGACCUUGAAAAAGCUGAACUGCAAAUCUCAACCAAUGAAGAGGCGAUUUUAAAGAAACUAAAAUCAAUUGAGAGGACAACAGAAGACAUAAUAAGAUCUGUGAAGGUGGAAAAGGAAGAAACAUCAAAAGAAUCCAUUGAGGACAUCUAUGCUAAUAUCCCUGACCUUCCAAAAUCCUACAUACCUUCCAGAUUAAGGAAGGAAAGAAAUGAAGGACUAGAAGAUGAUGAUCAAAAUAGAAAAGCUUUGUAUGCCAUGGAAAUUAAAGUUGAAAAAGACUUGAAGACUGGAGAAAGUACAGUUCUGUCUUCAAUACCUCUCCCCUCAGAUGACUUUAAAGGUACAGGAAUAAAAGUUUAUGAUGAUGGGCAAAAGUCAGUGUACGCAGUGAGCUCUAAUCACAAUGCAGCAUACAAUGGCACGGAUGGCCUGGCACCAGUUGAGGUAGAAGAACUUUUAAGACAAGCCUCGGAGAGAAACUCUAAAUCCCCCACAGAGUAUCAUGAGCCUGUGUAUGCCAAUCCAUUUUGCAGGCCCACAACCCCACAAAGAGAAAAGGUAACACCUGGACCAAACUUUCAAGAAAGGAUAAAGACUAAAGCUAAUGGACUGAGCAAUAAAGCAAAUGAACCCAUACACAGUAUGGACAAUGGACUUUCAGAGGAAAGGGCCGACUUAAAUCAUGUCAGUCCCAUUCAGCCAACACCUCAUCCCCGCUCAGUAUUUCGACAAGCAGAAGAGAUGCUCCACACUCCACAAAAGAGGCUGACAGCUCCUUGGGGAGAAUCAAAUCCCAUGCAGAACAAAUAUGCACCCUCUCCAAAGACAAGGCUGAGCCCCAGUGAUCCGAUAGUUGGAAAGUCCGAACCCCAAUGUUCUUCCCCUGCUUGCCAGGAGGAUGAGGAAGACGUUAGAUACAAUAUUGUUCAUUCCCUGCCUUCUAACAUGGAUGACACAGAACCUGUGACAAUGGUUUUCAUGGGGUAUCAGCAGGCAGAGGACAGUGAAGAAGAAAAGAAGCUUCUAACAGGGUAUGAUGGGAUCAUCCACGCUGAGCUGGUUGUGAUUGAUGAUGAGGAAGAGGAGGGGGAAGGAGAAGCUGAGAAGCCGUCCUACCAUCCUGUAGCUCCCUACAGUCAGGUUUACCAGCCGGCCAAACCAACACCACUUCCUCGAAAAAGACCAGAAGUUAGUCCCCAUGAGAACACAAACCAUAAAUCUCCCCACAAAAAUUCCAUAUCUCUGAAAGAGCAAGAAGAAAGCCUGGGCAGUCCUGUUCACCGUUCUCCACUUGAUGUCCCAAUAGCUGGAGAUGGCACUGAGGACCCAUCCUUAACAGCUUUAAGGCUGAGAAUGGCAAAACUGGGGAAAAAAGUGAUUUGAGACAUAUUCCACCUGUGUAAACAACGCUUGGAGAAGAAACUAAGAGACGUUUGCAAAUUUUUCUUCUGAAUAUUUUUACUCCUUUUUUCCUGAAAUUCAAAGACUUAUCAUUGUACCCAUAUUAAACCAUGUGGAUAAGUAGUAGUCAUUAUUUGUGAAAAGUUCAAAAAAAGCUGGGGAGAACAAAUGCUUAACCUUUCCAGUUACUUGACAUGAUUUAGUGGGGGAAAACCAGCAUAUUUUUAUUGUAUUGAUACCAAAGCAUUUAUAUUAAAAGCUUGUUAAAUUUAAGAAUAAAGUUAUUUAAAGUAUCAUGACUAUAUUACAUUGACUGGCAUUGUAACUGUGCUAAUACAAAGCCUGAAAGAUCAGAGGAAGCCAUUGCACCUCAUCACAGAAGUAUCACGUUCAACUCUAACAAGUAAACACGGCAUCCCAGAGCAAUAAUGCCUUAAGACAAUUGCAUCUUUCUUCUAAGGAUCAAUUCGAUU